AUGGCUCGACAGAAAGCAAGAGCUGCGUCCAACGGGGAGACCAAAGCUGACGAGAGUUCUGCAGCAGGAGCAAAGCCUUCGAAGCUGCGCACGGUUUGCCUGCGCGGCUGCGCAGUUGCUUUGCUGCUUCUGGUGGUUGCGGUCGGCUGCAGCAGCAUGCUCCUUCUCCCUGCUGAGACGCACCAGGUUGAACCUGUUGACUCGCCACGUGGUCCACCUGACGCGGCAUUUGCACAGGCUGCGAUCCCUCUUGUGCGGCAGUUCAUCAAGUCCCGAUACAAAGACUACGGGCAGGGAAAGGUGACCCUGAGACAUUUGAAGCAGCAUAUUGUUGCGAAGACGGACCUUGGUCUCACUUACGAGGACACCUUUUGGGGCUUAGGCUUUAGGGUUUGUUGGGGUUAG